GCCCGAACCUGGCCCAAGCUGGAAGCAUGACGACCCGUGUGAAUGAGUAUUGCGAGACAAUCUUGAUUUUAGAUUGCAUUUUACCGCAAUGGAAAACGCUGAAUGAGAUGGAAAUGCACCUCGAGUGACAGCAAGAAAGUCAGCGAAGUGACAUGGGAAAGUACCCGUACCACAAGGAAUACACGGAAUACACAGUACGUAUCCCCCCCCACCGAGACAUUUGUUCAGUGUUUCCGUCAGGUUCUUCGACCCCAGAGCUCCGAGGGCCCCAAGACGCGCACCCGCACCGCACCGGCGCACACGCACACACACACACACAUGCACACACAAACAGAACCAAACAUCCGCAGCCGCAGCCGCAGCCGCACGUCAGCAGCAAAAUAACCGCUGCCAGCUGGAUUUGCAACACAUUAUCUGAGGUGCCGUGGUGCGGAUACCUACGGAUACUUGGUUGGAUUUGGCUACGAGUACCUACCUACCCCGUCCUUGGACCGUCCUUUCUUUCACCAGGGCACCCGCCGUCCAUCCCACCUCUCCCACCUCUCCCUCCUCCACUGCACUGCGGCCUGCCCACCCACGUUACCCAAGCCAAAGAACCAGAGUGGCAGAGCCAACCUGGGAACUCCGACGACCGACCCCCGACUCAAAGUCCCUGGAGCCAGCGAUUCUAUUGGGCAAAAGGCACCUUUACCUUACCUAACCUUACCUCAAACCCGCCGCUGCGCAAUCCAAUCUCGACGACGUCCCGGGGCCCAUCUCACCCUCACCACGCAUUCUCUCCAAAAACCAACCACACAUCCACCCACACACCCUCUCUCCCAACAUCGAGAAGGAAAGAAAGAAAAGAAGAGAGACAUACGGAGAGAGAGUGAAAGAGCUCACGCGACCACAUUCGAGCGUCCGAUAUCCGACGACAGGCGACAGACGGCUCCGGCUUCAGCCCGUCCCUCCCAUCGCUAGUUAUCCUUGCACGAGGCUUAGAGCGCCCUCUGUACAACAGCAACAACCUACCUUUUCCCGCUUUUGUACGUACCCUGGUCCUUCGCCCAGUCUCUUCCCUCAGGACUCGUUGCCUCGCUGCCUCGCUGCUCCCUACUGCUUCUUGGUGCUUCCUAGUAGUUCACCUACCUUGGAAGAACACGCGCGUUGCAAGCUGGAUUGACCGAGAAUCCCCUCUGUUGCCAUCGUUUUGCGGCUGUUUUGUCGUCGAGGAUUGCAUCGUCAAUUUUCC